AUGGCUUCCAUUACCCUGAUUGUCAAGACGGCUGAUUUCAUCUUAUCCAGACCUUCAUUGGCCAAGGUUGUCGUCCCUGUGGCUAAGACCUUCUGUGCCUAUGCUGGUUACAGAGAAAUGGGUUUAAAGUUUGACGACUUGAUUGCUGAAGAAAGUCCUGUUGUUCAAUCUGCUUUGUCCAGAUUACCUGAAGACUUGAGUUAUUCCCGUGUUUACCGUAUUUUGACUGCCCACCAAUUGGCUUUGACCCACCUGUUGUUACCUGCUAACAAAGCCAUUAGUGCAGAUGAAGACAAGCACUAUUUGAUUCCUUACAUUUUGGAAGCUGAAAAGGAAGCAUUUGAAAGAGCCGAAUUGGACAACAUCAAUGUCUAA